AUGCGGCAACCCCACCGCCCCGCCGGCCGCAGCACUGCGCGGCGCCGGGUGACGGGCGGCGCGGCGGUUGCGCUGCUGCUGCUGCUCGCGGUCGCCGCGGCGCCGCAGCGCGCGGCUGCGCAGGAUGUGAAGGCGGCGCUCACGCUGGACAGGGCAGUGGCAGAGAACCAGUACGCCUGGUCGAUCCUCCCCGACCGGCCAACGCCACUCAGCCUGAAGCUUCCCGCUGGGCAGACGGCGCAGGUCACCUACACAACCAAAUACCAGCGCCGCCUGCUGAGCACCAAGUUCACAGUCGCUGGCUUCGUCAACUUCACAAACCGCGGCAACCUGCCGCUCAUCGUCUCGGGCGGCCAGGUGACAAUCUGCAACGGCUUCUUCGCGGAGCUCAACGCCACGACCAAGGGCGCCCCCAUCAACGCUGGCUGCAGCGGCUCAUCCUACAGCAUACCUCUGCGCCGCAGCCUCAACCCCCCGAAGAGCGCGCCCGGCGGCCAGGCGGUCGUACCGUUUGAGGGGACGGUGACGGUCAACCGCAUCACGGCCCCCACCAUCAACGGCAACGGCAUCAACGGGCCCGUUGCCACCGCGUACGUCGAUGCGUAUCUGACCACCGGGGGACGCGUGGUGUCGACGCCGCAGCGCUUUUCGUUUGACAUCUCACCGGGCCAGGAGAACAACCGGGGGGAGACGGCCAUCGCGUACGAUGACUUUGUGACGGGACCUAUUGCGCCGCUGACCAUCUUCCCGGUGGCCACGAGCGGCAACAAGAUCCCAGACGGUCUCGGCCUAAAAAUCGAGGACACGAAUUCUUACACCUAUACCGCGUCCUUCAAGUACGUAGACGGGCAGACGCCCUGCAACGUCCCCCUGACCGCCGCCAACACCCAGCGCCUCUACGUGCAAGACCCCGGGGACGCCCCCCUACCAGAGCCCGCGACCACCGCCGUCACGAUCACGUUCACGGACUGCAAGUCCAAGAGCGGCGGCCGGUUCGGCUUCAUAACGCCGACGGCCCGGCUCAACGUUACCUGGGGGCUCAAGAAGACGGCGAACGUGACAUCACUCCGCGUCAGGCGCGGCGAGUACGCCGCGGUGCGGUACAGGGUGGAGGCGACCCGGCCGCCCCCAAAGGCGGCGUAUUCGCUGUCUGGCGCCGUUUUCGUGUCGCCCAAGGACGGCGUCCUCGGCGGCAAGCCGCUGGACGUGCAGUCCGUGACCGUCUCCGGCGCGGGCGGCUCGGUCAAGGCUGCCUGCCAACUCGCGGGGCCGGACAACCACCAGGCGUGCCCCUUCGAGGGCUUGAAGUACGCGACCACGGGGCUCGCGCCGGUCGCGGGCGAGCUGCGGGCGGAGAUCGUCUUGAAAGACGGCUCCCGAAUCUCGGUCCCGCCGGAGCGCUUUGACUUCACCAAGCUGGCCCCGAACUUUGUGAUCGGCCGGAAGGCCGAGAUCACGGAUACGUUCUCGGGGCCAAACCUCGACGCGGCCAACGCGGCGGGGCUGGCGGUGGACUGGGACCGGGACCUCAAGCCACCCGGCGGCACCGACGGCGUCGCGCUCACGAUCGAGGACGCCCGGACGUUCGACUACGCCGUGCGGCUCGGCGGGCCGGCGGCUAAGUGCGGGCGCUACAGGCUGACCAACACGGCGCGGUUGGCGCCGAUAAACGCGACGCAGGCGCCGAUCACGGCGUCGGCGGACGUGUCGGUCGAGGUGUACGGGUGCUGA